CGGAAGUAUGUCGGUCGGGACCGCGGGCGUUGAACUCUCGUUAAUAGGUUUUCUGCUGGUACAGGUCGUUAGCCCUUGAACCAGCGCAGCCACAUUGUCACUCCUCGCAAACAACAGCAGACCCGCGAGCCGCACGAAAACAACUCGGCUUGUAAGAGUUGACGGGAGUACGUUUCGCCGGGGUUAGUGCAAUUAUUCAAUGGAAUCUUACAAAACUUCUUGGUAUUCCGAAGAGCCACUCGAUCUCAGCAUGAAGGUAAACGCUCGCCCAAACAAGGCGCGACAAAAUAACGACAGUCCAUUGUGUAUGGUGAAGUCAUGUGCAUGCGCUCUCACUGUAAAUGAGAAGCAGAAUGACCCUAGCGUAUUGGAUGAUACAGCUGACGAGUUGUCCUCUGAUGGAAGUUCUAAAGGGCAGGAGUCCGAACACUUCACAAUGAGUGAGAAAUCGGGACUGACGACCAAAGAGAUUCGCAAUUCGUUUCAGCCAGCGUACUCCAAGAAGUCGCGGACUCCUCCAGCUAUGUACAGACGAGAUUCACCUCACGAUGUAGCGAUCACCUCGAGAUCUGAGAGGGGCGAAUCACCCCCUCAAGCAGGCAGGGCCUCGCCUCCACUCUCUUAUCACGAGGAGCGUGCAGGACCCCCGUCCACCAGCUCUGGAUCCCAGUUCACCCCGGUGUUGUACCACGCGAUUAAGAGCAGCAAGUACGACAUGCGACAGUCGGUGAUGUCCGUUAUAGAGAAAGAGUAUAGCGACGUCCAUUACGAGAGGGAGUCGUCCUCGAGAGAGGUCCCAUAUUAUAGGAGUACAACGUCUCCCAGAGCCGCGCGACACGAGUACGAAUCCACGUUCAGUGAUCGCGGUAUUCCUAAACACUACAGACCCGGGACUCAUCGUGAAGACGAGAAAACCACCUUCAUUUGCAUGGACACCGGAAAAUAUUACGAGUCCAAUUCCGCACGGUACCGUGGAUCUGGUCCGAACUCAAAACGGGCUGCCUCUCCACGGGAUCAGGCGUCCGCUCUAGCAGCUUCUGCCGAUUCCUUGAUUCGAGGUAAUUUGUCUAGUGAGGAGGGUAAAAACCCCGGGGAACAUAUACUGUAUUCUAGUCGCGGUGCUGUGGGCAGUGCUGGGAAUUACACCCAGGUGGAUCCCCAGGUUUCUGAAGGACAGACGAUGUCGGUUAAAUAUUCAACUGACGCCGUGACUCGCGAUUCAUCUUAUCUCAAACAAAAAGAAAAUGCUCUCUGGUCGCCGGCUUCGGGUGUAUGCUAUAAACAGUAUCAUGCAUUUAUGAAACGACAAUUUGUACCUGCCGGGUCGGAAUUAGACGUAGAAGAUGAUGACGCUUGUUUUCCCGCGGGAGGCAAAAAGGUUUGUGAUCAGUCUGAUAAAAAUGGCUGCCAAAACUGGCUUGUUAAUGAGACCAACAGCUCUCAAGGGGAUAGACCCGUAAAAACACAAUAUUCGCCAAAGAAUUCAAAUGACUGGAUACCUAAGUUUGAAAUCGUGCCCCUGACAGCUUCAACUGAAACAAAACUUUCUUGGAGUCAUGGGUCAAGCCCAUUUAUAGUGAGCAGAACGAACAUUUCUGAUAUGUUGGAAUCAAACCCAGAAGGGCAGAAGGAGGGCGAUCUCGUGACCGAGGAGAAGGAAGGAAAAGGGACAGAUUCGGAAACUCCACUAGAGCACCCCAACAGAAAAAUGUGUGCUUUGGAUUAUCUCAUUUCCAAAGUGCUAGUAGAACGGAUCGACGUACCCUUCAAAGCGUGCAAUACGGAGAUAAAUCGCAUCUACCGAGGUGAAUGUAAAGGUAGACUGCGAUUGGUAGAUCUCAUUGAACUCCAGGUAGAAGCUAGUCUGAAAGUUUAAUUAUUUCCUAACUAGUGUAAUGAUCUCCAUUGUCAACAUAAACAUCUAGAAAGUUCCCUCGUUAUAUGAUAUCAUAGUUGGGAGCCUUCAUGGUACUAUUCAGGUUGCUAGGUUAUACAAAUAUCACUGACAAUACUAUUUCUACAUUUCCUAUUUUUUCAAGGUUUAAAAACAUGUUCACACAGUAAACUCUUAGCUAAGAUUUUCACUUUUCCUGCCAUAAUUUGUUUUUUAACAGCGAAAAUCAGUUUAAUAAUCUUGUGGAGGAUGCGUAAUCUGUUUAGCCAUUAGAUACGUAGCCUUUUAAAAGCUUUUGUUUUCUUCAAGUAGUUGUUUACAAGACAAAGUUGUAUAAUAUCUUAAAACUAUUGUCAGAUAGUAUUUUAGACAGUCUUGAUUUUUAUCUAAACGCACCACACGUGUGGAACAAACACCUUUUGUUUGUGUGAACGGAAGCGAGGUCCUUGACUGAAAUAAGGCAUGGCUUUGUUGUGGUGUUUACAUGGUAUGUUUUCCUGCGUAAAGACGUGUGUAUUUUGUCUUUUAAUGGGCGUUUUUCAAUUAUGUGUAUGGAUAUAGAAAUGUGUAGCAGGUGUUGUUUCUUGGGGAAAGUAUAUAGUACAUACAGUACGGCAGUAUACCUGAUAUUGUACGAACGACCACGCGGUGGGAAUGACUUCCUUUGAAACCAACUGUCAUUUCUUACCGAUUAAUACUAAUUUAUUACCAUUGCCAAAUGGAUUUAAUCAAUAUUAUUUAUUUAUUAUCAAACUCCCAGCACGUCGCUUUGAUCCUAGUUAUGAGAGAAUGACUCCAUUCCAGUCACAUGGUAGAUUUAUAAACAAUAUUAUUAUUAUUCAUUUCUUUAUGUUCGCGGGGCGGGGCGGGGCUCAGUUGUUGAUAACCCUCCAGUAUCGUUUAAAAUGGGUCGAGGUGUCGUUAACUGAUCUCUCUUUUCUUUUUAGUCUUGUUUUACCUAUGUUGGUAAACGAUUAUAGCUCGGUGCUUAUGGUUUGAAAAUCGAUGGUCAGCACGAAACUGCUUUCACGAAGUUAGAAAGGAGAUCAAUUGCUCUCGUUCGUUGUAUAAAUCCACAGUAAUCUUUGAGUAAGUAAAUCAGCGAUAUCGGCGUGUUACUUAGGAGAGCAGGUUUUCAUCCACGCAAAAAUAGUUUCGUGCGAGUACAUUCGAUGGGAAGCUAUUCCCGGCAUCAAACCAUAAGGACCGGUAUUUGUUGCAGUACCAAAGGCUGUGGUAUGUACUAUCCUGUUUGUGAGAUGGUGCAUAUAAAAAUCACUCUGACAUCCAGUAGUCAAUGCUUAAUAAAUCAAUGUGCUCUAGUGGUAUCGUAAAACAAACCAAACUUUUAUUUUUUAACUGUUACAGUACAAAUUCGGUUCAUAAAGGGAUACAUUGGUUAUCACUCGUGCAGGUAGGAUAAAACGAGACCCUGGCUGAAGUGACGUUUAUUUGAGAAGUUAUCACGGUAAUAGCUCUGACCACGAUACUGGUUGUUGGUAUAAAAUCGGCCCUUGCAUUUCGUGUCAGCAUCCAGCAUUGCCUACUGAACAGCUGUAUGUAAAAUCUAUUGAACCCAACAGCUGUCGGUUGUGGGGUUUUCUGCCCCACUCUAGUUCAGUGCUGGGAUAUUUGUAUAGAUAUUUAAAAUAAAAUGCUGUGGCAAAGAGUAUUUUAGCUGAAUUAAAUUACUUUUUCCUAAGGAUUUGUUUUUCUGAGACAAUUUUCUUAAUUGCAAGGGCUGAAAACAUGGUCUUCAUUAACCAAUUGACGUACUUAAUAUUUCUUAUAUAUAGGGUAUCCAAAGGAAAAUGACACCCUGUGAUUUUGCGAUAAUGUGAAAGAUGUGUACUAUUUUGUUGAAUUUGUGUUUGUAAUAUGAAGCUUGUAAAACAUUUCUUGUUUUAAAUACUACAAAUAACAAAUGUUCCCAUGGUGCAAUGCUAUCAUUGUUAUCACGGAAAACAUGCGUAUUUACUUCGUUUAGUAGUCUCGUGGUUAUUUGGAGAGAAGUGAAAUACAAUAGUGACACUGACGCAUGCUAGUUACAGUACCAGUAUUACAGCUUUACAGUCAACCAGACAGACGGACAGACAGAGACAUAUUUCACUUAAGUCUCACAUUGUGUACACAAUCAGUU